GACGUCACUUUAAGAUCUGCUCCCCCCUUAACAUCUAAGCGUGUCAAAACUGAAUUCUGAGACUGGGAAAGAAGCAGAAGCCAUGUUGGUGAUGGAUAAUUCAAUCAUCACACCGCCUUCUUUCUUGAUCAGGGCCAUGUCGGUGGUAACUUUGGUGAUUUUAACACUCAUGGCGAUCUCAGAAGUCAUGGGAAAGCACCUCAAGUAUUCAAAGUUUUGGAAUGUUAAUAGCUCUGGGAAAUCUGCAACAAAGGAGGUUAAACUUUCUAGUAGAACUGGGAUGCUCAUGCUUUAUACACCUGCAUUUUUGGGCGGUCUUGCUUCUUUUUGGAUCUUCCCUCAUCAGAGUUUCAGGCUUCUGCUGCUCACUUCUGCUCUUACCUUCCAUUUCUUCAAAAGAGACUUUGAGGUGCUUUUCAUUCACAAAUACAGUGGUGGGGUGAUGCUUGAUUCUGCAAUUUUUAUUGGGGCAUUAUAUUUCAUAGCCACUGUGACAAUAAUAUAUUUUCAACACCUAUCAGAAGGAUUACCAGAGCCAAGAAUUGAUUUGAAGUAUUUUGGGAUGUUUGUGUUCUUGUUGGGAAUAAGUGGUAAUUUCUAUCACCAUUACCUCUUAUCAAAAAUGAGAAAAGAUGGUGAAAAACAAUACAAGAUUCCCAAGGGAGGUUUGUUUGAUAAAGUAGUGUGCCCACAUUAUCUUUUUGAGAUAUUGACAUUUUGGGGGUUUUUUCUAAUUUCUCAAAAUUUGUUUGGAUUAUGUUGUGCUAUUGGUGUAACUUUUUACUUGACAGGUAGGAGUUACGUUACUAGGAAAUGGUAUCUUUCCAAAUUUGAGAAUUUCCCCCAAGAUGUAAGGGCUAUCUUUCCAUAUGUAUUUUAAACAAUGAAGGAAAUUAAGUUUGGUUUCAAGCAAGGUUGGUUUGUAUUGGUUGCACAAGUUAUGUAUAAUUUGAUUUUAGACUUUGCAU